GCAACUCAUAUACUCGACAGCGACGAACAAACACAAACCCACAAAAAAAAAAGACGAGAAGUCAAAAAUAUCAAGCAGAAGAAUUAUCUCUCGAAAAAAAAACACUUUGGGUUUCUCUUCUACAAUUUUUAGGGUUUUGUUAACCAAGUGAUUGAUCCAAAGAAUCUAAUGUCGCUGUCGAACCAGGUUCUCGCUUUAUCUUCCGUUUGCUCUCUGUGACCUGAAUCGUCAUCUCUUUUUUCAAGUUUUUUCUGAGAAAUAUCAAAUGAGAAAUUCUGGGUUGCUUCUUCUCGACCUCCUCUUCUUCUUCAGUCCAAUUUUGACAGGGUUUCAAGUCGAGGGAGCAUUUGUUGGCACUUAUGGGAUAAAUUAUGGAAGAAUUGCUGAUAACAUCCCCUCUCCGGAUAAAGUAGUUUUACUUCUAAAGCAAGCUAAAAUCCGGAAUGUGCGUAUAUACGAUGCAGACCACACUGUUCUUCAAGCUUUCAGUGGCACUGGUUUAGACCUUGUGGUUGGACUCCCAAAUGGCUUCUUGAAAGAGAUGAGCUCAAAUGCUGAUCACGCACUCACUUGGGUCAAAGACAAUGUUCAGUCUUUCUUACCAAACACUCGGAUCCGUGGUAUCGCCAUAGGAAACGAAGUUCUCGGAGGCGGUGAUUCCGAGCUCUCGGGAGCCUUGCUAGGCGCGGCUAAAAAUGUCUACAAUGCGUUGAAGAAAAUGAAUCUGGAGGAGACGGUGCAGAUCACAACGGCUCAUUCACAGGCUGUGUUUGCUAAUUCAUAUCCGCCAUCGUCCUGUAUUUUCAAGGAGAAUGUUGUUCAGUUCAUGAAGCCUCUGCUUGAGUUCUUUCAUCAGAUUGGCUCUCCUUUUUGUUUGAACGCUUACCCUUUUUUGGCCUACACCUAUAAUCCGACUCAGAUCGAUAUCAACUACGCUCUUUUCAAGCCAACUGAAGGAAUAUAUGACUCGAAAACCAAUCUACGUUAUGAUAACAUGCUCGAUGCCCAGAUUGAUGCCGCUUACAUGGCCCUGGAAGAUGCUGGGUUCAAGGAGAUGGAGGUCAUGAUUACUGAAACUGGGUGGGCUUCUAAAGGCGAUUCAGAUGAACCAGCCGCAACGCCCGAGAACGCAAGAACAUAUAACUAUAACCUCAGGAAGAGGCUUGCAAAGAAGAAAGGGACACCUCUUAGACCAAAAACUGUGCUCAAAGCAUACAUCUUUGCAUUAUUCAACGAAAAUUCUAAACCGGGGAAGAGUUCAGAGACACACUUUGGACUUUUUAAGCCUGAUGGAACCAUAUCAUAUGAUGUCGGAUUCAACAGCCUAAAGUCCUAUGCGCCCUUUUCAUCGUCAAAGGCAGCUUCUUGCUAUGUGGCAUUAGUUAUCUCUAUCUCGGUUUUCCUCGUGACGAUAUAACUGCGGAAAUGGUAUGACAUUUGACGAUUGGAUCCUCGGGUUUUGUCAUACAUUCGUAGCAAUAUGUAUAUCAUUAUUACUAGGAGCGAGAGGCUAACGAAAUGCUAGGAGCACAAAUUUAUUGGAAUACUCGUACACCGUAGCCAAGAGAUAUAUCAUCAGAAGCUCUCAUAUAUAGUAUAACAAUCUUUAUGUAUACAUAAAUUUGGCUCUCUGCUUAGAUUAAAGGAUUAUGAAUAUUUUGUUUUUGGAUAAGUUUACUAUCUAGAAUAAUAAACUCUGAUUUGAUGCUAUACAUGCAGCCCA